AUGUCGUCCCCGGACCGGGACGAUGCUUCUCCCUCGCCGGCACCCAGCGGUGACUACGACGAAGACAUGGCCGUUGAACAGAACCCGAAAGACCACAAUGGUGACGACGGCGAGCAGAAGAGUGCUAACGGCCAGACGAGUAAGAGCAAUGCCAAGGAUCCACUGAGGCCGAGGAGGAAGAAGGCGCGCAGAGCCUGCUUUGCUUGCCAGCGAGCCCACUUGACAUGUGGUGACGAGCGACCAUGUCUGCGAUGUGUGAAGCGCAACCUCCAGGACCACUGCAUGGAUGGCGUGCGCAAGAAGGCCAAGUAUCUCCACGAUGCGCCCGACGGCGCCCUUAUGCCUGGCGUUGGCGGCCACUAUCCCUACAUGAACGGCAACCGUCCUACGCCUCUUCCGAGCCAGGACACCCAGACCGUCUCCAUGGCUCAGCAGGGCGGCCACUACGCGCAAGCACCGCAACAAGCAUUUUAUCCACCCCACACCGCACCUGCACCGCUGCCAACGGGACAGGACGGCAGAAGCUACAGCCAACAGUCCCCCAUAUCGCCACCGUAUCAGCACUCACAUCAAGGCUCUGCGCCAAACGCGUCGACUGCAAUACCGCAAGCACAGCCGGCGCAGAUGCAGCAGUUUGGUGGACCCUUGUUUGACCCAAGUGACCCUGCACUGUUCAACUUCGACAUUUCCAGUCUCAACUUUGGGAACCACUAUGGAGCUCUCGAGUUCGGUAUGCUCGGUCACAUGUCGUCAGGUGCUGCCGAUACCCCACCCAACGACAACGGCAUGAUGAACUCACAGCAGCCCGUGAACAUGUACAAUCCGCAAAUGCAGGGAGGCUACGUAGACCACUCACAACAAGCUUCGAUGGUGCCCGUGAAUUCGAACAGUCUGUCAUCGGAUGAAUGGCAGCAGCCCAGCUCUCGGAACGGCAGCCUACAAGUCCAGACUCCACAUGGCACCCCUACGACUGCUUCCAUGGACCACAGCAUUCACCGCCAGGACUGUUUAAACGGCCCGCAUGCGUUCGCGAUUGGACAGGGGCCCGCUAGCCACCAUACAGCUAGUCCUGCAUCGACAGACGCCAACUCAGCCUAUGAAAAUGACAAUCCCUUGGCGACAGCUGCCUUCUUUGCUAAUUCACACCAACCUCAGCCUCAGCGGUCGCCAACCGUCAGCAGGCGGCAGGAUUCCCGUCCAGCCAAUAAUGCGCUGCAACCAGUUCACUCCAACGGUGUACGAAAACGACAGCGAGACACCAAGAGCAUCUACCAAGGCAUCACUAAACCUCAUGAUUACGUCAAGGGCUACCACAAACUCUUCCAAUUGAUUCUCAGCAAAUACUCGCGCCCCUGGGCCGCUAAAGCACAGGAAUACGUGCAUAAUUUCCGCGGCGUGCUGGUUGACGUACAUUCCAAGCUCGAGAAGGAAGACCUCAUCCACCAAGAGAAAGGGCUUCAGCGGCAUCUCCUCACACUGCAAGAGCAUUUCGCUGAAGUCGGCACCCCUUUCAUCAUCUGCCGUCGCUCAGGCGAGAUUGUGGGCAUGAACAAAGAGUUCACGAUUCUGACCGGAUGGAAGAGGGAGGUGCUCUUGGGCCAGGAACCAAACUUGACAGUGAACCAACACGGCAACCGAGACCCGAACGAGAGCGAGUUGAGCACCCAGACGAAUACCACGCCCACUAUCGCUGCCCAGCAAGCUGAGGGUGAGAGCGAACCGCAGCCAGUCAACAUCAUCCAGCUCAUGGAACCGAAGAGCGCACUGCAGUACCUCCAGCGCUUCUCCGAGCUCGCAUACCAGGACCCCAGGGGAUUCGCGCACCAAAGAGUCAACAUGCUGCGCUACCAAACCAAAGCAGAUAUCGAGCGCCUAGCGGAAAGAUCCAGCAACAGAGGUGAAGGAGACGAGAAGGUAUUCAAGCUGGAGGGCGGGAGCGUGCACCAAGGCGAGUCUGCGAUGCAGAGAUUAGGCGCAAAGAGUGGCAUGGUCGAUUGCAUGAUCUGGUGGCAUAUCAAGCGCGACAUCUUCGAUAUGCCGGUUUUGGUGUGCAUGUCGGUCAUGCCUGUCUUGGAUAAGGGCUUGCACUAA